GGUGUACGGGACCAAUCAGCGACGCUCUUAGUUCAAGGUGGGGACAGAAGCCGCGCCUGCAAGCAAGGACGGAAGAUGGAGGCUGUUUCUGAGUCCAUGGUGCCGGCGGAGAACGACCACCUAUCCAGUCUCACCCCCGUAGUUCCCGAUAGGCUCCAGCAGCGAGAAGCGGGGCGGCGGGAGGAGGUGGAACGGCGGCGGCGGGAACGCGACGCGCAAGUGGUGCAAGAGGAGCAGAGCGAUUUCUUCACCGCCGCCUUCGCUCGCGAGCAGGAAGCCGCCGAGGCUUUGCUGGCAGCGGCGGUAGAGGAGCCGGGCCAGGGCGCCGAGACCGUAGCUGAGGCGGCCCGGAGGCUGCAGGACUUGCAGCGGCUGCUGACGGACUCGGUGCGCUUCUUGCCUCCAUACGAGGUUCGGCAGGCGCAGGCGACACUGAACCGGCUGCAAAGCACUCUGGACGCGCGGCGCCUCCAACUGCAGCCCAAGAAGCGCUUCGCUUUCAAAAAGGCCCUCAAAAAGGAGCCCGCCGCGAAUCCUCCGAAGCCUUCCGCUCAGCCGUCGGCUCGGGAAGGCCGCAAUGAGGCGGCCUAUUCUUCACCGGCGGAUCCUGGCUGUGGGUUCAGCCGAGCCGAGGGACAAGAGCUGGAGAUGGGACCGGCCGAGCUGCUGCAGCAGGACGUGGUAUUGUCCCAGCUGAACCGCUGCCGAGUGCGCCUCCGCGGCAACCCCAACACUCUUCUGGUACGCGACUGCCGGGAUUGCAUGGUGCUUUGUGGGCCCGUGUCGACAUCGGCACGGGUGGACGGCUGCAGCGGGUGCGUCCUGGCACUUGUCUGCCAGCAGCUCCGAACACACUGCACCACCAACUCGAGCUUCUACGUACAGGUGACCUGCCGAGCUAUGCUAGAAGACUGCAGUGACGUCCGCUUCGCCCCAUAUACUUGGAGUUAUGCGGGCAUCGACGCCGAUUUCGAGACUUCCAAACUCGAUAGAAGCAGGGACAACUGGAACCUGGUCGAUGACUUCAACUGGCUGGCAAGGAAUGAAGCCUCUCCCAACUGGAGGGUGAUCCCUGAAAAUGAGAGGAUUAUUGACUGGAAGUGACCUGUCACUGCUUUCUCUCAAAGGGCCUCUGUGUUUUAGAAAAAUAAAUCAUCUUAAGAAGAGAUGGAACUAGAGUUGCAAUAAGAGAGACCUGACUGAUACCUUUAAUGUUCUGUAUCUGUUUCAGCAAUGUAAUGAGCUUGCCAAAACACUUACACAGUGCUCUUGCUAAUGGAUGAAAUGUGCUGGUGCUCAUUUCUUCUGUUUUGUGGGCUCUAAGAAUAAUUUGGGUCUGUUUUACAGCUUUGUUGCAAAAUAAAAACACUGUCAUUGAUGUGCAAGUUUGUUUUUAGUUUCAGUUAUCAUGAUGUAUUUCAAAGGAACGUGACUCUAGGGCAAAUUUAAGAAAAUGCAAACCAAACUUAUACAUGCAUUCGGCAUAAUUCUAUGAAAGCUUAGCACUUUAAGCAUGGGAAAGUUAUGCAUAUGAGUUAUUCCCCUGUUGAUUUUAGUAGCCUAUAACAGGUCUGAAAUCUGGCUAGAUUGUGUCAGCUGUUAAGAUUCCUCUUACACUUUAUAUGAGAACUUGCUUUCACAGACUUAGCAGAAUUUCACAUUUGGGUUGUUCUUGUGCAAGUGUAUACAGGUCCAGGCAUUUCAAUAAUAUACUAUUUUUGCAAAUGUCAUAUUUGAUAAAAGCAGUUUGUUUCUCAUUAGAGGCAGUAUCUUUCUCUGCUUGUUAGUUGACAUCAAUGUUGUUGGACUACUUAAGUACAUAAAAUUGGAGUUCAUUAUUGUGCACCAUCAAAAAAGUAAUUUCCAGUACCAAAAUCCUCUCCUUUGUAGUGAUGUAUAGUUUUGAAAAUACUCAUGACCCUCAGCCUCUGUUCUACAAAAUCACAUUUUUGUUUGUUUUUUACUUGUUUUUCUUCCAAAAUAUGUUGUGUCUGGUAAGAAUAACUAAUGACUUCUCAAAUUAAAAAAGUCAUACUGAA